CCGCUAAAGACGCCCAGGGAAGUGGCUGAGGGGAGGGGGGUUCGCCCGGAGGGAGCACUAAGGAACCGGGGGGAUCUGCUGGGAGACGAGACGAGAGCCCCUCUCCGGGAUAAGCACUGAGCUCCCCCCUGGCUCCGGGCGCAGCACCAGAGACUCCGAGCACCGGGAGCCAGGCAAGCCGGGCUCCGGCUGGAUGCGCAGCCGGGGCGGAUAGCAGCAGCAGCAGCAGCAGCAGCAGCGGCGGCAGCAGGGCGCUUGCCGGCCGGCCGCCAGCCUCACGCACCCUGGGAGCCGCACGGCAGCUGCUGGGCCGCGCUCGGCGGGGGGGCGCGCAGCUGUACCGUGGGGGAGCUCGGUGCCCAGGGGGUCUCUUAGCCGGGCCUGGUCCGAGCUGCCCCGCGCCCCGGCCCCCCGCCGCCGCCGCCACGCUCGGAUCUUUGCUGGCUUCCAUGAGCAUCCGCGCCCAGGGACUUGUCCGGAGGCCGCGCUCUCAGCCGCAGGGUGCCCCGCUUGCGCGCCGAGCCCCCGCCCCUCGCUUGGGGCUCGCGGAGCGCCCGUGCCGAGCUGGGUGAGGCGGAGCGGGGCACGGAGACCUGCGCCCGCCCGGCACCGCUGCGCCCGGACCCAGCUGCCCGGCCGCGGCCAUGAGCCAGACGGAGCUGUCCACCUGCUCGGCCCCGCAGAGCCAGCGCAUCUUCCAGGAGGCGGUGCGCAAGGGCAACACCAAGGAGCUGCAGUCGCUGCUGCAGAACAUGACGAACUGCGAGUUCAACGUGAACUCGUUCGGGCCCGAGGGGCAGACGGCGCUGCACCAGUCCGUCAUCGACGGCAACCUGGAGCUCGUCAAGCUGCUCGUCAAGUUCGGCGCGGACAUCCGCCUGGCCAACCGCGACGGCUGGAGCGCGCUGCACAUCGCCGCCUUCGGGGGCCACCAGGACAUCGUGCUCUACCUGAUCACCAAGGCCAAGUACUCGGCGGGCAGCCGGUGACGCUGCUCCGGGCCCCGGGGAGCGGCGCGCUCCGCAGGACAGGCUGGGCUGGCGGGGCGGGGACAGCGGCCGCGUCCGCUCCGACCGCUCGGGUCGAGGAGCGGAUCGUGCCCCGGGGCGCACGCACACGGCUGCCCGCCCGGGGCUGCGCCCUGCCCCCGGCCCCACGCUGGGCGCCCUGCGGACUCCAGCCUCGGGCUCCCGCAGGCAGGGCCGCCCUGGGCUGCCGCGGGGGGCAGGACCCGGCCCUCCGGGAGAUGGGGGACCUCUCCGAGGGGCGGGCCGGGCCCUUCCUCAGCCCCGGCUGCCUGGCCCGGGACAAAGGUGCCUUCCUAAAUCGAGUCCGCUGGCACGAGCUGCGGGCGGCCCCUCCCCAGGCGGGGCUGGCCGGCCGCUGCGGGGUGCGGGGUGCGGGAGCAGUGACUGACCCGCCUGGGGCCCCGGCUGCCAGACGCGCCGACUCGGGGCGGGCACUCAGCCGCAUCGCCGGACCCAGGGGAGACGUGGGGGUUGGGCUGAUUGUUUAUUUUUGUUUAAAUGACAAAGCUGCUUGGACUCCAUGUUUUUUGCAAAGAAAUCUGGGGCCCACAAAGAUUUUACUGAAAAACCAUUUAACUGCUUUCAAAGGGGUUUUGUUUUUCAAGGGUUUUUUCUCCUACUGUAAUUUUUCUAUCUUUUUUUUUUUUUUGCCAUCUACCUCGGCUGCGCUCACAGUAUUCACGGUUUCAGUCAGAGAUCUGGUCAGAUGCUUUAAAGUGCACUCACAUUUUCCCCUCCCUGAACCCCCCGCCCCCCAAAUUUGGUGGCUUGUCAGUCCUUGGAAGCUGUCCCCGAUUUUAAAGUAUUCUGGCUCAGAAGUGACGUCAUUUCAGCAUUUUUAACAGAUCAAAAUGUAAUUUGUUUAAAACCAAUUGGUGCUUUUUUUUU